AUGGGAGGAACUAAAGGACCGUCCCAGGAUGAUGCUGUGCGCCUGCGACUCUUUACUUACGUUUUUUACGACACGGGUCACAAUGCAAGUUCUGACACUCGAGUAGGGGCCAAUCCUGGAUUAGGCUCUAGUGGGUCAGGAAGCAAUGAGACAGAUGACCAGGGGCUGCAGACCAGGUACAUGUUCCCACUAGGUAAUAG